AUUUCCAUUCGUUCAUUUUCUCUUUAUUCAUUCAUAAUCAUCCAAGAGCCUAAUGAAUCCGGACCCGAGUAAAAAUCCUGCUUAUCAGACUCAAUCCGGAACCAAACUAGAAGAAGCCCCUCGACCUUCUGCCGAUUACGCUCCUUAUCCGAAACUUGACCCGAAAGACGUUACUCCUGUCACUGACACGUGGAGCUCUUUCCCUGUCGGAUCGGAGUCCCACGGAUCGGGUAAUAAUAAUGUACCCAGGUAUCCGUCGGCUGCAGAAGGCCCGGCUCCGAUUUCUGGUGUUGGCGCUGCCCCCACGCCGGCCGGGUCCAAUCCCUACGUCUCUUCAGCUCCCGCCCCAGGAUCAUCUUCCUCGAAGAUAAAGGAUGUACUGGGUCAAUGGGGAAAGAAGGCUGCUGAGGCAACUAAGAAGGCAGAGGACUUGGCUGGAAACAUGUGGCAACACUUAAAAACUGGCCCUAGCUUGGCAGAUGCUGCUGUUGGAAGAAUAGCACAGAGCACAAAGGUAUUGGCAGAAGGUGGAUACGAAAAGGUCUUCCGUCAAUCAUUUGAGACCAUCCCCGAUGAGAAACUUCUGAAGUACUAUGCGUGUUACUUAUCUACUUCUGCUGGACCUGUCAUGGGAGUCCUGUAUUACUCAACUGCGAAACUAGCAUUUUGUAGUGAUAGUCCUCUUUCAUAUAAAUUGGGUGACGAGACACAGUGGAGCUAUUACAGGGUGGUUAUUCUGCUGCAUCAGCUAAAAGCAGUUAAUCCUUCAAAGAGCAAACUUAAUCCAGCUGAAAAAUACAUCCAGAUUAUUUCUGUUGACAAUCAUGAGUUCUGGUUCAUGGGAUUCGUAAACUAUGACAGUGCAGUGAAAAAUAUACAAGGUGCAUUGGAGGCUCAUCACUAGUCUUGAAGAUGGUUUCCGAAUGUUACUUCAGAUCAUGGCAUGCUAUUGUUGAGCGUGUAAAAAUUCUGAAUUGUGUGUGGUCGAGGAUGUGCUUUAUUUCGUACUUGAAUUGUCUUGUCGUUUAUUCGUUUAACUAUAUGCAUUGUCUUGGUAAAUAGCAACUAUAGUGUGUACAUUUGGGGGAACUAGUAAUUCUUGCCAUGAACUGUAUACGUACAGGAUUACAUCUGCAAGUUGAUUUGUCUUUCCUGAUUUUGCUUGAA